AUUCUGCUCGGAACUUCAGAAAUCAAACUCUCUAACCUUCUGAGUUCUCAUCAAAUAAACUCUCUUUACCAUUCCCAAAAGUAGUUGUAAUGGAACACACAAAGAUGGUGAUGACUCUAGUUGCGGUUAUUGUUGCUGUGCACUGGGCAGGAGCAGCCGCACAGUCGGACUGUACAAAUGUGCUGAUCAGCUUGUCGCCAUGCUUUAAUUACAUUACAGGGAACUCCUCUACCCCAUCACAAGCAUGCUGCACACAGCUUGCAAGUGUUGUCCGUUCACAACCACAAUGCUUGUGCCAGGUCCUGAAUGGUGGUGGCUCGUCGCUUGGGAUCAAUAUCAACCAAACCCAGGCCCUGGCUCUUCCCCGAGUUUGCAAUGUUCAGACUCCUUCCAUCAGCAGCUGCAAUGUUGCUACUCCCACCGGCUCUCCAGCAGGAGCACCAGAAUCUUCAAACAACGUUCCUUCAGGACCUGGAUCAAAGACUGUUCCAUCAACAGACAACGACUCAUCAGACGGAACCUCGAACACUUUGUCAAAACCUCUACUAUUCUCCAUCUUGUUGGCUUCUGCAUAUGCUUCAGCUUUCAAGUUGUACUGAUCUUCUUAUCAGUAGCCUAUCUUCUACAAAUCCUUGUUUAUUGUUCAUUUAUUGCAUUUAUAUUUUUCCUGGAGUGUCCAUUAUGUAAAACAUCCCUUUUGUUUAGGGUGUUUUUUUAUCGCCAUAUUCUCCUCUUGUGGGCAUUUGUUUCCAAAAACUUGUAUUACAUCAGAGAUUCUUUCGAAUAAAUUACACGAUUAUGUGCUUGUGAGUUUUAUACUGACCGGAAGCAACAUGAAUCAAUGAAAUGAAUGUCUAAUAUAGUUAUGAA